UUGGUGUUUGUCACAAAAUGGGGUUGAAGCACUUUAUCACCCUCAUUUGCAUACUCAAUCUCCAUCUCUUACCCACAUUUGCAGAUGAUACAACUAAUUCAAGCACCUUAGAGACAUACAUAAUCCAUGUCGAUGGAAACCUCGGUCUUUUCGAUCGAUUCGAAAACUUAGAGAGUUGGUACACCUCAUUCUUGCCAACAUCAAACUCAAACAGCCGAGGAAGAAUUGUCUACUCCUACCGCAAGGUGUUCAAAGGCUUCGCCGCUCGAUUAUCGGCUGACGAAGUGAAAGCUAUGGAGAACCACCCGGCCUUCAUAUCGGCUCGGCCUGAAAGAAAAUUGGACAAGCACACAACCCAUUCCCCAAACUUCUUGGGCUUGAACCAAAAUAUGGGAUUUUGGCAAGGCUCAAACUAUGGUAAAGGGGUUAUCAUAGGUGUCUUGGACACGGGAGUUCUCCCGAGUCACCCUUCGUUUAGCGACGAGGGGAUGCCGCCCCCUCCCGCCAAAUGGAAGGGGAAAUGCGAGUUCAAUCAGACGGCGUGCAAUAACAAGAUCAUCGGCGCCAGAUACUUCAACUCCUUCGACGAUAGCCCGUUGGAUGACGAUGGGCACGGGACCCACACGGCGAGCACCGCUGCCGGAAGCUUUGUGAGAGGCGCCAACGUGUUUGGCAAUGCUAACGGCACUGCCGCCGGCAUCGCCCCUAUGGCCCACCUAGCCAUCUAUAAAGUGUGCUCCUUAUUUUGUUCCGAAAGCGAUAUACUUGCCGCAAUGGAUACUGCCAUCGAAGAUGGAGUGGAUAUACUUUCCCUUUCUCUUGGAGGGCUCUCUUUUAGCUUUUAUGACGACAGCAUCGCGUUAGGCGCGUUUAGCGCCAUGGAGAAUGGCAUAUUAGUCAGUUGCUCGGCGGGGAACGAUGGUCCGUUCAACAUCUCGUUGUCGAACGAAGCCCCAUGGAUCCUGACGGUUGGUGCUAGCACUAUCGACAGAAAGAUCAGGGCGACGAUCUUGCUUGGAAACAACGAAACUCUCGACGGCGAAUCAACUUUUCAGCCGUCGGAUUUUCCACCGACAUUGAUGCCUCUUGUCUACGCCGGAUCGCUAAACACGAGCGAUCCAAAUAUACAAUUUUGUACUCCGACAUCGUUAAACAAAAGCGAUCUCCGAGGAAUGGUAGUAGUGUGUGAAAUCGGAGUGGUGGCAAGAGUUUCCAAAGGAAUAGCAGUGAAGAAUGCCGGUGGAUCCGCCAUGAUUCUCGUGAAUCCUCGAAUUUACGCAAAUAUGACCUUGGCAGAAGCCCACGUUCUUCCGGCCGCACAUGUAAGCUAUGCCGACGGAUUGAAGAUCAAGACUUACAUAAACUCAACCAUCACACCAACGGCCACAAUACUAUUCAAAGGCACUAUAAUUGGCGACGACCGGGCCCCAGUCGUUGCGGGUUUUUCAUCCCGAGGGCCCAAUUACAUUAGUCCUGGUAUCCUAAAGCCCGACAUUUUAGGGCCUGGAGUCAACAUUCUUGCGGCAUGGCCGGUCUCGGUGGAGAACAACACCAACACGAAUUCCACAUUCAACAUUAUCUCCGGCACAUCUAUGUCGUGCCCACACCUGAGCGGCGUAGCGGCGCUGCUCAAGAGCUCGCACCCCAAUUGGUCACCAGCGGCCAUAAAGUCAGCCAUCAUGACCACUGCCGAUGUCGUGAACCUAGCCCUAAACCCGAUCGAGGACGAGCGCUACGUUCCGGCAAACAUAUUCGCCACUGGCUCGGGCCAUGUGAACCCGUCCCGAGCCAACGAUCCAGGGCUUGUGUACGAUAUCAAACCGGAAGAUUACAUCCCUUAUCUCUGCGGCUUGAACUACACGAACCGACAGGUCGGCUUUAUUCUCCAACGGAAGGUGGAUUGCUCAGUGGAAUCAAAAAUACCAGAAGCCCAGCUCAACUACCCCUCGUUCGCCAUUAGAUUUGGUCGCUCGCAGCCGAUUUCUCAGACGUACACGAGAUCGGUCACAAAUGUGGGCGAGCCCGUUUCGUCGUACGUUGUCGAGAUUGUCCCGCCACCUGGCAUUGGUGUGCUAGUUGAACCCUCUAACCUCGACUUCUCCGAGGCUAACCAGACACUGCAGUACCAAGUGACGUUCACCGGGCCCGAAUCUACCACGAAUACCACUGUUUAUAUUCAAGGUUACCUGAAAUGGAAUUCCAGCAAGUAUUAUGUGCGGACUCCGAUUGCCGUUACAUUGCGCUGA